CUUGUUUCCUUUUCUAAAUGGACCCAAGUUUUGUCCGUGCUGCUUACUGGUUUGCCAGCACCAAUGCCGAGCUUCCUUCUGCCAAUAUCGAUGCUAACUUUUUCACCCAUCUGUUUUGCGGGUAUGCUAUUGUAAACCCCCAAACUUACGAGGUCACCAUUGAUUCUUCAGAAGCUACGAUAAUCAAUUAUUUUACUUUGACUGUCAGUCUAAGCAAUCCGACAGUCAAAACUCUGCUAUCCAUCAAAGGAGAUGGAAGCGUACUCGCUAAAAUGGCUAGCGAACCCAAAAAUCGUGAAACCUUUAUUAAGUCCUCGAUUAAGGAAGCAAAAGAGGGAACGUUUGAUGGCUUGGAUCUACAGUGGCUGUACCCAUCUUCUCAAGAAGAAAUGGAAAAUUUCGAAAGCCUUCUUAUUGAGUGGCAUAGCGCUGUUGUUGAGGAUGCUAGGAAUUACCAUAGACAACAGUUGAUCCUUGUUGCUGCAGUCUCCAAUUUGCCCAUUGUACACCACAAUAUUCAGUAUCCAAUUGAUACAAUAAUACAAACCUUGGAUUGGGUCAACCUUUUUUCUUAUGAUUUUUACACUCCGACUUCUUCAGUGAAGUGUACUGGACCAUCCUCAGCACUCUACAAUCCAAAGACAGACUCCUUGUCUGUAAAUUCCGGUAUCGAGGCAUGGAUCAAAUGUUAUCCUAAUUUGCCUUCCCAACAGAUUGUAUUUGGAAUUCCUUUCCACGGUUGGGCAUGGAAACUUGCCGAUCGUCUCCAGCACGACGUGUUUUCGGAGGCGGAUGGAGCAGCAAUAGGACACGAUAUUUCUUCAGAUGGCCAAAUCUACUACUCCAAUAUUAAGAAGUUUAUAGAGAGUAAUAAGGCUAAGAAUCUAAAAAAUGACGGCAAAUAUGUAAUUGGGUACACAUAUUUUGAUACAACUUGGAUUGCCUACGAAAAUGAAGUAACCAUACCAGAGAAGCUUAGAUUGGCAAAGUCCCUCCACGUGCUUGGCUACUUUGCUUCCAACAUUGCAGCCGAUGAUGAUGUUAACACUCUUGCUAACGCAGCUAAAGCCAAUUCGUGGCUGAGGCUGCCCAAAUAAGUAGGAGAUUUUUAUGUUUUGUAGUUUCUAUUGUCUUUUGUGUUGUGUGUGUAAGAUUUGAGGUCUUGAUGUAUCCAAUAAAAUGAAAUGCGGGUUGUCUUUCCGUGAACUACAUGUACAGGUUGAUGGUUUUGUCCAUCCAUCGGACCCUCUUCCCCUUGUUUUUCAACCACCCAGCUCGAUCCUCCCCUCUGUUGUCGUGGCGCUAGGUAAGCAAGUAUGAAGGAGAGGCUAGAAAAGGCGAGGCAAGAGGCUCUCCGUUUCUAGGAAUAUUGGAACCUCUAAAGGUAGAUGUUCGGAAGAUGAGAAUGCAGUUGCUUCUCAAAGAACGACUAGGGAUGAAAGGCCAACCAAGAUCCAAAGGGCAAAACUUCUACGACAGUUUCCCCCUUCGUCGCUUUUGGCUAAGCAUCUUUCGGCGGAGGCGACUAGU